UACAGGUUUCGGAAGGACACACACUGCUCUUGUGAAAUAAUAAACGUAUUAAUUUACAAGAGACUUUUGUUAUAGAGGAAUUAUUACAACAGAAAUGAAUGCUUGUAGGAAACGAGGUGAAGUUUACCUACAGCACCAGAAACAUGGUGAGAAGUGGAAGCGAUAUUGGCUGGCCCUUCAUCCGGCAAGCUCGCAGAGCGUCGCACGGUUAGAACUGUCAGAGACCGCUCACGAACGCUCAACAGUGGUGGUCAAACGCCAUCCAGAGAGAAAAGUAAUACGUCUGUCUGACUGCGUGAGUGUCGUCAAACUGCCCCCUCAUGCGGAGGCUUGUCCGGGAGACAACAUGGCCGCCUUUUGUGUGGAGACGGAGAGCAGGAAGUUGGUAUUUGCGACAGAGAGACAAAGCUGUGGAGAAUGGGUGGAGAUGAUUUGUAACAUUGCUUUUCAGAAACACAGUAAUACCAGCACACAGCACGUCCCUCUUAUGGAGGACAAUCAGAUCUACAUGUCUACAGAACAGCUGAGCACAUUCAAAGUGGUCUUGCUACCGACCGAGGCAUCAGUUCGUUGUUGUCUGAAGGGACAGUACUGGCUGCUAGUUGAUGAGGAGGUGCUGGUGCUUCAAGAUCCCGAGAGCAAAAAGACUGUAAUGGAGUGGCCAUAUGCAUUGCUGCGGCGCUACGGGCGAGAUAAAAUGCUGUUUUCUUUAGAGGCAGGGCGACGCUGUGAGUCAGGACCUGGAACAUUCAACUUUGAGACGAGACAGAGCGAUGGCAUUCUCCACCUUAUUGAGUCAGCAAUCCGCCAACAGAAGAGUCUUACGGUUACCAGAGGAAAGCAGUCACCGCACUCUCCGCGUUCUCGUUCACCUCGCUCUCCCCUGCCCAAACGGCCUCAGAGUUAUAUUGAGAGCAACAGCAGCCCUAAUCGAAGUGAAAUAAGCGAGAAUGUGUACUCCAAAUCGGCCGAUGCUCUUGACAUUCUUGUACACACAACACCUGCCAGUCCUAUUGGCUCAACAGAACCUGUAAAAGCAAAAUCUGCAGACUCUUCAAGCUCCUCUAAAAGCACACACUCUGAUCUUGGUGGCGGCACUUGCUUCAUCGAGCCUGUGUAUAUGGAUCCUAUUGCGUUAAUCGGGAAACAUGAGCCUGUAUAUGCAGAGCCAGGAGAACUUAUCAAAUGCCAUCAAACUAUAAAGAAAGAUGAGUCCACACUUCAGACAAGCCUCCUGUUUCCAGAUUUUUCAGAACCAGUGUAUUCUGACCCCGCUGAUGUAAUUCGCUGUUGCCCAAACCCUGCCGAAACAGUGCACAUUCAGCUUGCCAAAGCAACUUCUAACAAGGGCAAACAGCAAGAAGCGGUGUACUCUGAGGUGUAUGACCAUGUCAAACUAAACCUGGAUUGUAAAAAAGCAGACCAUAGGAUUAAUGAGCCGAUAUAUAGUGUACCUGAUAUUGUGACAAACCAAAACAAAAACUCACUGCCUGAUAGGAUAGAAGUGAUCUACAGCACUGUUAACAAACCACCGAAAACUCCCCAGGAUCUCCAGGAAAAGAGACUGUGCCAAACACCAGAGAUCGUGUAUGAGGACCUUGGGACUAUUUAAAUUAGACAGUAAUAGACAUUAUCUUCACAAGCAAGUUGCUCUUGGUGAUGCAGCAUGUAGUUGUUCAUAGCUAUUAGAUUUUUUCUUCAAUAUAUUUAUCCAUUCUGCCAGAUGUAGUUAAAUAAUAAAGCAAUUAAGGCCUUC